GCUUUUCCUGGCGGGUUCGUUGUCACCUUGGGGACUACGUAUCCGACUACAUGUUCUAAUCACGUUAAUAGACCGGUGGUUUCGUCGGAUCGAUGCUGGAAAACCUUGGGAUGUUGGAUUCUCCUUCUGGCGACCCGAAUGCUUUGAAGAAAGAUGUGUCUGACUUGAUGGCAGAUGCACGUAAAUCAAGGAAAGCAGUUUUCAGACGAACAAUCGAUUAUAAUGCUUCUGCUAUCAACUACCUUCAAAACAGAAUUUGGGUCAGUAGGGACAUAGACCGUCCAAUGCUUCAGCCGGAUUACUUGUGGAGUCCUAAGUUGUGUCCUCCUAGGAGCUACAUGGAUUCUCCCAUGAAUUGCGUCAUGUCGAAGCCUGUUCGUACAUCUACUAAUAAGAAUAAAUGUCCUAUAUAUUGCGUUUGUUGGACACCUGAAGGGAGGCGGUUGAUAACAGGAGCUUUCAGUGGUGAAUUUACUUUGUGGAACGGUUUGACGUUCAAUUUUGAGACUAUUUUACAGGCCCAUGAAUCGCAAAUCCGUUGUAUGAAAUGGUCUCACAACGAAGAAUGGUUACUCACUGCUGAUCAUUCUGGAUAUGUAAAGUAUUGGCAAGCUAAUAUGAACAAUGUUGAAAUGUAUCAAGCACAUAAGGAACCAAUUCGUGGCGUAAGUUUUUGCCCAUUCGACAAUAAAUUCGUUACCUGCAGUGAUGAUUCUACCGUACGUAUUUGGGAUUUUCAUCGUUGUGCUGAGGAGCGCGUGCUCCGAGGUCACGGUUCUGAUGUUCGUAGUGUAGCAUGGCAUCCUGUCCUUUCUCUUAUAAUAUCUGGUAGCAAAGAUGCACAGCAACCUAUCAAAUUGUGGGAUCCCAAAACAGGCGAAUCUGUAUCUACAUUGUAUGUACAUAAAAAUACAUGUACAGAUGUUUCUUGGAAUGAUAAUGGCAACUGGUUCUUAACUGCAUCCAGAGAUCAUUUGAUUAAAUUAUUUGAUCUACGCAAUCUUAAAUCAGAGUUACAAACUUUUCGGGGUCAUAAACGUGAUGUCAUGCGUGUUGCAUGGCAUCCAUUUCAUGAAUCCUUGUUUGUAAGUGGUAGUGCUGAUGGUGCUAUUUUUUACUGGCUCGCUGGGACGGAUACUGAACUUGGAGCUGUAGACAACGCUCAUGAAAGCAUGAUUUGGAGUCUCGCUUGGCAUCCGUUUGGACAUAUUUUAGUUUCUGGGGCAAAUGAUUUUGCCACAAAAUUCUGGACGCGCAAUCGGCCAGGUGAUGUUCUCAAAGAUACAAUUAGUGCAGUUGGUCCAGAUAACCUUGUUCAAGCCGUCAGUGCAACAAAUUUGUUAGCUAACACAUAUUCAUUUGGAGACCCAGAAGUAGUCGAUAAUUCAUUUAAUAUUGACCUGUUUAAAUUACUCACGGAGACACCUAUCUCCUCCAACCGGAUAGAUACUCUUGAUGAUUUAGCAUUUUCUACUAAUCCAAAUGACUUGAGCACAACUGAAAUACCCGGACUUAAUGAAGGACCGGUAACAGACUUAAACAUAACUGAUACUGAUGAUCCUGAAGAGCGUGAGAAAAACAAACUCCGGAGUUCUCGGACUAUUCCGAAGGAAUUUGCUGCCAAUUGGGCAAGUACACGGAUCACAGCAAUGCCAACUGUAAUGAUGGCCACACCUAGUCCGUCAGCAAUCGCUGCUGCAGCCGCAGCGGCGGCUGCUGCUGUCAGCAAUCUAAAUGCAACGCCGCAGUAUUUGCCUCCAGUUAAACCACCCGCUUUGAAUAAAGAAAGGCUAGCGCAAAGUGCUGCCCCAAUCAACCCAUCAGAACCUGAAGCUAUCGUAGAUCAAAUACAAGACAGAGGUUUUUGUAAGCCCAACCAAACACCCUUUGUUGAGCAACCAAUUAGUGAGAUGAACAAUGGCGUUUCCACUCAUAAGUAUGACCAACCACCUUUCUCAGAACCACUGCCACCGAGGGGUUUGGAACAACAUGUACCGAUUCCUGAGCAUAAUGUAGACCUCAGAAAUAAUACAAGUGAGUACUUUGAAUUUUUAUAUUAUCUGACAAAAUGGAUUGUCAUAUAAUAUUAUCGAUCCCAUCCUACUUCAAGUAAUGUAAUUAUCCAAAUCUUAACAAUCUGAAACAAUCCCCGCUUGCACUAUAAAGGUAACUAGGUUUUUGAUUCAUUUUCAUUACUAACACUAGACCAUCAAAAGCGCGUUGCUUCGUGCCUCAAGGUACCAAGAAAUAAAAAACACCAAGUGAGACAAAAGUAACUAGGAAUUAUGCAUCCAGAUGUUGUUUAGUUUACUUAUAAGACUACCGCCAUUUAGUCUCGUUUCGACUAGGGUAGCUAACUUUUUAAAUCACACCAAGAACUACCUGCAGUGGUAAUCUUUAAAAUUACAAACAUGAUAUUUAAUAAAUAUAUUCUCUGUCAUAUUCCAAUGAGUAGAAAAAUUGUAUUUCUGAAGUUUCGUGACUUAAUGUAAGCCAGUUCUUCAAAGUAAAUAAACAACCGAACUAAAUGAACACAGGUUUAGGUAGUACAAAUAAAACAAUGCAGAAUAUUUUUAGUACAUGGUAUGUGUUGGUACUUUUUGUUAUCUUAGCUUUUUUAAGCAUAUCACCAUUCAGCUUGUCCAUGUAUGAGAUAGGACGGUUAUUGCCAAAUGGUAAUGAGACUGAGUGUUCCCCUACCAGUAGAUAACUGGGGUGUAAUCUGCUUUUGUUUGUGGUUUAGUGUGAUUAAAAAAUUUCCUAUUCUCGGGAUUGGUACUAGGUGAUAAGUUCUAUGUAAUUCAUGAUCUGAACUGCAUUCAUUCUUCAUAUUGUAUUCAAAUGUUACAUAAUAAAGUUUUACAGAUCCUCGAGUAAGUUUAUCUGUAUGACAUCUGCUUAGCUUAAUAGAUAAAAAGUAGGAAAUUUGUAUUAUUAUUUCUGUGCUUACGAAUCGCAUUGCGUUCAACUAUUGUUUUAGAUCCAUCAUUAGACUGGAAUCAACGAAAUGAAGAACUCUCUUUACAAACUGAACACAACGCACCUUUACAAACAGAACAACCAAACAAUCUAUACCGCGAGCCAUUCAGUGGGCCUCCGCAACUGUAUAACGAACAAGAGAACUUUUUGGAAUCAAAGCCAUUUCCCAGGCAUAGAGAAGACAGAGAUUACAGAGAUCAUGAACACAGCGAGCAAUUUAACCGGCCUUUUCCUGAAAAUGACCAUUACUAUAAUGGACCUCCUGGUGGCUUCAACAGUGGAUCGUAUGGCCAUCAUAAUCGUAAUAUGAUUCCUAACGAUCAAAUGCAUCCAGGAGAAAGGGGUCGACCAUUUUCUCCUAAUAUGGAGAAAUAUCCUUGCGACCGAAGGGGUGAUCGACCUCCACCGAUGAGGCAGAACUAUGAUGAAGAUAGUUGGGGUAGGAGAUGGCCAGAUAACAGAAACACUCCUGAUCGGUUAGACUAUCCCCAGGGUCCACCUAGACGUCCUCAGCGAGAACACAGGCCGCCACAUCCAGAGUUUUACCCUGAUCCUCGACAUCCGCUCCCUCCUAACUUUGUCCCUCCACAUAAACGUCCACCUCCAAUGGGACCUGGUGGUCAACCGCCUGACCAUAUGAGAAAAUAUCCCCGACAAGACCCUUCUCGAAGCAAACCACCAUGGACUGGUUACAGUCGGUGGUAGCCCAGAAUUAAACAAUCCUUGUACAGUCUGAGCAGCUCCGAUGCUGCUUUUCUCCAGUUACAUUUUUGAAUUCUUAAUAAAUGCGUAUUAAACUUGUGUAAACUACUUUUUUAAUGUGCUAGCUGUUAUUGGGACUUUUGACGUACACUCAUAAUCCGUACUAAUAUUGUGUACACAAGCUACGACAGCAUAUUUUUGUAAUAUCAAUGCAAGUAACUUUUGUCUUAACACGGGGAGGAAAUCAGACAUGUCUGACAGGGGAUUUUUGGACUGAGAAUAUGUGGGCCCACUGCUUUAUUCAUCUAGAAUAGCGGAAGUUUGCUCAAAAACUAAGCAAUGGGGGGGGGGCAAAUUCAAACACUUGAUAGGUUUUGAAUCGUCUAAUGAACACCAACUUUCUUGAUAGCCUGUAAAUUUGCCGUACGCAAAACUGGGAAUAGGUGUAAAUGAGUGGUGCUGGUUUUUCACACGAUCUAAACGCUUUAUCAGAGUAAUCGUAAUUCGUCCGAGUAGAUUGGUAACGAUAAGCAUAACGGACUACUCAGUCACACUGGCUAAGUCGCUUCUCACGCACAGCUGUCGUCUGAUUGAUGUUGUUCUACCACAUUUGUGAGAUAACUUGAAACUAACUAAAUACUUGCACCUUAGAUCUAUGUCCAGCUCCUAUACUCUACAACUACUGGGUGAACGGCUCAAAGUGAGACAUGUUUUUUAAUAAUUGACCAAAACCGUAUACAGUGUAAACUAGUUAACGCAACAU